GUGAGCGUUUUCAAAACCAUGCUCAUCUUCAUUGGGUCGUUGUUAUCAUCCUUGAUAAUAUAUCGGCUUUCGCCUCUUCAUCCAUUGUAUGGCUUUCCAGGACCAGUUCUUUUGAGGAUCUCUCGUCUCGCAUCGUUCAAGAUUCUCUUCACGGGCAAGCAACAUGAAAUCUAUCAGCAACUACACGAAAAAUAUGGUCCGUACGUCCGAACUGGUCCAAAUCACCUACACAUCUCAGAUGCUCAAGCUGUUCCAUAUAUCAUGAAUUCUCCGCGUUGCCUGAAAAGUGAACGAUACAAUGCUGUCAAGCGGGAAGAUAGUAAUGCGCGGGGUCUCUUGGGCAUCGUGGAUCCCAAAGAGCAUUCUCGACGACGUCGCCUAUGGGACCGUGGACUUAACACAUCUGCUCUAAAAGGAUACCAACCACUACUUACUAACCGCAUCAACCAAUUUGUUGAAACCCUGCGCAGAGAAUCUUCAUCGAAUGAGAGUAUAGACCUUGCUAAGUGGAUAGCUUUCUUCUCGCUUGACUUCAUGGGGGAUCUCGCCUGGGGAGGUGUAUUCCAUUCAAUGGAGGAUGGAAACGAUGUGAACGGGCUUUUGAACUUAUCGCAAACGGUGACAAAGAUACACGAGACCGCAGGAACGAUUCCCUGGACAAGGCUAUUUUAUGAAUAUCUUCCUGUCUCCAAGAAAACGAUACAGCAGCUUGCAUUUGCCAAACGCACUGUAUUGGACAGAAUCAAGCGUGGAUGUGGCGCGACCCCGGAUCUGUUUAUGUAUCUGCUUGGGGAACAUGACGACACGAUAGACGAACCUCUAAGCCUACCCGCACUAGUUUUAGAAACAAGUUUUGCUCUCAUUGCGGGGACCGAUACAAGUGCAAUGACGCUGGCGAAUUCAUUUUUCUAUCUUUUAUCCUACCCGGACACUCUAAGCCGUCUUACGGCUGAAAUUGACGCGUUGAAUGAUGAUUUGAACCCGAAUGCGCUGGCAGGGCUUCCUUAUUUGAAUGCCGUUCUGAAUGAAACACUGAGGCUCCAACCGGUCGUUCCAAAUGGUGUUCAAAGAGUGUUGCUCCCAGGGCCUUCCGGGAAAGGUGUAGUGGUGGAUGAUCGAUAUUCCACCUCUGGUUUUCUCAGUUAUAUUCCACCACGAACAAACCUCCAGAUCUCACCUUACUGUGUUCAACGAGACCCACUCAACUUUUCACCGCAUUCUCAUUGCUUUUGGCCUGAUCGUUGGCUUCCUAACAUUCAGGACAGCUUACGCGGAAACGAUAAAGCGGAUUUUCGGCACAACGAACAGGCAUUCUUUCCAUUUAGUUAUGGACCCACAGCGUGCGCCGGUAAAUCGUUGGCACUGAUGGAAAUGCGGGCGGUUCUCAGCACCGUCUUGUCUAAAUUCGAGCUGGCUUUCGCAGAUGGAUGGAAUCCCGCAGAGUGGGAACACAACUUAAAAGACUUUUAUACCUUACGAGGGGGGCCUUUGCCAAUCGUCUUGGUGCCCCGGAAGGUUGCUAGUUAAAGCCUCUUGGUAGUGGUGUUGUUCCUUGACCACCCCGGUACUAGUAGUAGUAUCACAUCCGAAAUUUGGGGCUCCUUGUCCUCGCAAAG